AUCCCUUCCCCCCUCGCUGCUGCCGCCAUUUCUCCUUCCCUCUUCUUCCUGCGGCGAAUGGCGGAGGACGAUCUAAACCAGCCGGCGUCGGAUGGCGGUGGCGGAGGAGGAGAAGGAGAAGAAGAUGCCGCCAAGGGGGAAGAGAAGGCGGCGGAAGAGGAUGCCUUCUCCUCCUCCUCCUCGUCGGAAGACGAGGAAUCCGACUACUAUUCGGAUUACUCGUCCGACGACUAUGGUGACGGUGGAGGCGAGGAGCCCGGCGAGUCCGAGGACGAGAACUCUCCGGGGGCGAACAUCCGGCGGUUCACGGAGGCUCUGGAGAGCCGCGCGAACAAGAAGCGGGAGGAGGAGGAGGAGCGGGACUACGUGUACCACGAGGACCUGUUCGACUUCCCCCGGGACCCGGAGAAGUGGCGGGAGGAGGACCUCCAAGAGCUGUGGGCGGACGCCCCCGUGGAGAUGACGGAGCCCGGGUGGGACCCCGUGUGGGCCGACGAGGAGGAGUGGGAGGUCGUCCGCCAGGAGAUGGAGGCCGGCCGCGACCCGCCCAUCGCCCCCUUCUACGUCCCCUACCGCAAGUGCUACCCGGCCAUCCCCGACAACCACUACGACAUCUCCAAUCCCAAGUCCGUCAUUGAGGAGCUCGACCGCAUCGAGGAGUUCCUCAAAUGGGUCAGCUAUGUAUUCCCGGACGGAAGCACGUAUGAAGGAACUGUCUGGGAUGAUUUGGCUCAUGGGAAAGGAGUUUAUGUUGCCGAAGAGGGACUUGUCAGGUAUGAAGGUGAAUGGCUUCAGAAUCAAAUGGAAGGUCAUGGAGUUGUUGAAGUAGACAUUCCAGAUGUAGAGCCUGUACCAGGUUCAAAGCUUGAAGCUAAAAUGCGUGCUGAAGGUAGGAUCGUAUCCAUGGAUUUUAUGACCCCAGAAGAUAGAAGAUGGCUGGAGAUGGAUGUAGAAGAUAGCUACCGCCUUUCUGGUAAUCUAAGAGAAAUUCCAUUUUAUGAAAGGGAAGAAUGGGUAAAGGUGUUCGGGCAGAAACCAGAGAAGGGUCGAUAUAGAUUUGCUGGACAGUGGAAGCAUGGGAGAAUGCAUGGCUGUGGUGUAUAUGAAGUUAAUGAACGCAUUAUUUAUGGCAGGUUCUAUUUUGGGGAACUUCUAGAAGAUUCUACGGGUUGUGAUUCUGAUGUGUCAGCGUUGCAUGCAGGUAUAGCUGAAGUAGCUGCUGCAAAGGCACGGAUGUUUAUCAACAAGCCAGAUGGAAUGGUUAGAGAAGAGCGAGGUCCCUAUGGUGAUCCUCAACAUCCAUACUUCUAUGAGGAAGAAGAUGUAUGGAUGGCUCCUGGAUUUAUCAACCAAUUUUACGAGGUUCCUGAUUACUGGAAGACAUAUGUGGAAGAGGUUGAUCAGGAAAGGGAGAUGUGGUUAAACUCAUUCUACAAAGCACCACUUAGGAUUCCUAUGCCUGCAGAGCUCGAAUAUUGGUGGUCUAAAGGUGAUGAUGAUACUGAAUUUGUUCUCGUUAACAAGGAACCUGAACCAGACCCUGCAGACCCAUCGAAGCUCAUGUAUACAGAAGAUCCUCUCAUUCUUCACACUCCUACUGGACGGCUGAUAAAUUAUGUGGAUGACGAACAAUAUGGUGUUCGCUUAUUCUGGCAACCACGUGUAGAAGAUGGGGAGGAUGUGGAUCCUGAGAAAAUUGAAUUUUUACCUCUUGGAUUUGAUGAGUUCUUUGGGCGAAGAAUGAAGGAUGCAAAGAAGGAAAGUGGAUUAAUGCGCUUGAUCACUGUAGUUGAGAAUGCAUUGAAGCCACUGUUGGAUAAAUUGGAGAAGUGGACUGAGGAGAGGAACAAAGCUAGUGACAUGAAGCAGAAGCUUAUAGAAAAGGAGCUGGAGUUCAUUGAAUCUGAGAUAUGCUUGGAAGAGGCAAUAGAAGACUUGGAAACGGUGUUAAAGAUGAAGCAAAAAGAAGAAGAGAAAAGAGCUGCAACGGGGAAGGACAGUGAUGACUUUUCUGCUUCUGCUGAUCUGGAUGACACUGACACAGAGGAUGGCGAGGAUGAUGAUGAAGAUGAAGGGGCACCGACAAGUUUCGGUACAGUGCAAGGGGAAGCUGAUAAUGAAACAAUAGCAAGUUCUACCGACGAAAGCAAACUGGGAAAGUCUCCUUUUUCUUCUCUCUCCUUGUCAUUCACCUCAUGCAGCCUGGCUUCACUUGUUCCAUCCAAGCUGCAUGGAUCCUCUCCAUCGUGGAAGAAAGGAACAUUGCCUUUUUGGUCCAAGGGUUUUGCUCAUUUAAAUCAUGAGAAAAUCAUGGAUAAUCAGGAAAAGCUUAGCUCGGUAAAAUUUUAUGGUACCAUUUUUCAAAGAACAAAUCUGAGAAUGGCACAACUACGGCCGGGUCGUUACAAGAAGAAUAGUGGCUAUUCUCAGAUGUACUCUUUAGCUCGGAUUCUUUCAGCUCAUCAAGCUCAAGAGAGUUCAAAAACGAGACAGGCCAAGGAAAGAUCAGCUGGUGCUCAUAGUUUCAAUAUAUUAUCCCUGCAUGUUCCAAUUACCGAUGAUUUCACACCAUGGUAGUACUUGAUUAUUAUCUUUUCUUCUUUUUGUUGGCGAUGUGAUCGAUCAUGCGGGGAUGAAAAGAGCUAGAGACAUUCGUUUCUUAUAUGAAAGGACAGGAGAUGAAGCAAAACUGCUUGCAGAAGUACAAAAAAAUGCAAGCAGAAUACUGAAAAGUUCAUUCCAUGUGGGAUCCUGUUGUAUGUGCACUAGGAGGAAUUGCUUGCUAACCCUCACCAUUUGCAUUCCUUUACUGGUUACAGAAAUUUUGGAACAGAUAAUAGUAGUUCUAUCAGUCAAAUAAUGUUGCAGCUUUUAUGUCUGCUGCUUGUGAUUGAGUGUUUUGAGCGUCAGGUGUUUUUGCAUGUUAGUGCGACAAAUGAUGAUGGCAUGGAUUCGAUCAGCAUGUGUUUUUUGUUUUUAUUGUUAAAUAUUCUGUUGAACUCUUGGCAGUUGAAAGUUUAGAUAUGUAUUCUGUUUUGACGUUUAGGGAAAAUCACCCGGAGAUAUCAAAAAUUCACAAUGAGGAAAAGUUUUUCUUGCAUCCAAA